AUGUCGAAUUUGUCAAAGCUUGAGUUUGUGGUACUUGACAUUUCUGGAAAGAAUUACCUAUCAUGGGUUCUCGAUGCUGAGAUUCAUUUAGCUGCUAAAGGCCUUGGUGACACCAUUAUUCAGGGUAAUGAGGCAUCAAGCCAAGACAAAGCGAAGGCCAUGAUUUUCCUUCGUCAUCAUUUGGAUGAAGGUUUGAAGGUUGAUUAUUUGACAGUGAAAGAUCCACUUGAAUUGUGGACUGGCCUGAAGGAAAGGUAUGAUCACCUUAAGGCUACGGUAUUGCCAAGGGCUCGAUAUGAGUGGAUGCACUUACGGUUGCAAGAUUUUAAGACCGUAAGUGAAUAUAAAGCUGAUGUAUUUCGAAUAACUUCCCAAUUGAAAUUAUGUGGGGAUGUUAUGAAUGAUGAAGAUUUGUUGGAAAAGACUCUUACGACUUUUCAUGCCUCAAAUAUGGUAUUACAGCAGCAAUACCGUGAAAGGGGUUUUAAAAAGUAUUCUGAAUUGAUCUCAUGCCUUCUGGUGGCUGAGCAACAUAAUAUCCUUUUGCUGAAAAAUCAUGAAGCCCGUCCCACAGGGUCAGCUCCGCUUCCUGAAGUGAAUAUGGCAGCUAGACGUGAUAAGUUUGAAAAAAGACAGAAUAAUAAUCAUGGCCAUAUGAAUAUACGUGGGCAUGGCAAUGGUAAAAGACGAUAUAAUAGCCGUCAUCAUGGUGGUCAUGGCAAACGAGAGAACAAUAUGGGUUCUCAAAACAAUCCUUCAAGAGGCAAAAGUGGUAACUGCCACCGCUAUGAAAGAUCAUUGGAAAAUUGA